GUUUUAGGGUUUCUUUCGUGCUUCGAUGCAACCUGUUAAUGUUCGAUUUGCUGCAUUUUUCCAUUGUAGUGACAUUGUGCUUCUUCUGUGUUGCAAGAAGCUUUUUGGCCAUCUGAACUUCUGGGAUGUAAGGAUUAAGGGACGGAGCCGAACAUUCUCUUGACAAUAAAGCCACUGGAGAAAUCGAAAUAAUCUCAGGUUAGUUAAGGAGUUUCAAGCGUUCGAUGAAACCUAAUCAAGUCUUCAAUCCUAGCUUCUUCUUCUCCAAGGCAGGGUUUAGGUUUGAUCGUCUACUCUCAUUUCAACUUAUUAUGAACAGACGAAGUCUAGGUAGAGCCGUACUAAUGUUCGAUUCCAAUCAAUUGAUCUUACAGGGAUUAGAGGAUGAAAAUUAGAAGCUAUACUCCCAACUUGCAAAGCCAACAAGUUUAGGUCGCGAGCCCUUUUACUGCGGAGAGAACGGCGAAUGGCCUACUUCGAUCUCCUGUUGCAGAAGUGCUCUUCCUUCUCGCAAAUCAAGCAACUCCAAGCAAACCUCAUCACCAAUGGCCAUUUUCACUUCUCUUCCUCUCGCACCAAGCUUCUCGAGCUCUGCGCCAUCUCCCCCUUCGGCGACCUUUCUCAUGCCCUCCAUAUUUUCCGCCAUAUCCACUCCCCUUCCACCAAGGAUUGGAACGCCGUCAUUCGCGGCACCGCCUUGAGCUCCAAUCCCUCAAAUGCCAUUUUCUGGUACAGAACCAUGACCGCGUCAAAUGGGCCUCAUAGAGUCGACGCUCUCACCUGCUCCUUUGCCCUCAAAGCUUGUGCGCGUGCGUUGGCCCGUUCUGAAGUGAUGCAAUUGCAUUCACAGGUUUUGCGAUUUGGGUUCGAUGCUGAUGUUCUCCUACAGACUACAUUGCUUGAUGCGUACGCAAAAGUUGAGGAUCUUGAUCAGGCCCAGAAGGUGUUCGACGAAAUGCCAGAACCAGAUAUCGCCUCGUGGAAUUCUCUGAUUGCUGGGUUUGCUCAAGGGGGUCGACCAAGCGAUGCUAUAGACUUGUUUAAGAGAAUGAAGGAGGAUGGGAAUUUGAGGCCCAAUGAAGUAACCGUUCAAGGUGCUCUCUCGGCGUGUUCCCAAUUGGGUACUUUGAAAGAAGGUGAGAAUGUUCGCAAAUACAUAGCAGAGGAGAAUUUAGACACAGUUGUGCAGGUUUGUAAUGUUGUUAUUGAUAUGUAUGCUAAAUGUGGAUCUGUGGAUAAAGCUUAUUGGGUGUUUGAGAAUAUGAGAUGUGAGAAAAGUUUAAUCACAUGGAAUACAAUGAUAAUGGCAUUUGCAAUGCAUGGUGAUGGACACAAAGCGUUAGAUCUUUUUGAAAAGUUGGGUCGAUCUGGUAUAUAUCCUGAUGCAAUAUCAUAUCUAGCGGUGCUAUGCGCCUGUAACCACGCAGGGCUCAUAGAGGAUGGACUUAAGCUCUUCAAUUCAAUGGUGCAAAGGGGUGUGGCGCCAAAUAUAAAGCAUUACGGAGUAGUGGUCGAUUUGUUGGGUCGAGCCGGGCGUCUGAAAGAAGCUUAUGAAAUUGUAAGUUCAAUGCCUUUUCCUAAUAUGGUUCUGUGGCAGACUUUGCUUGGUGCUUGCAGGACUUAUGGGGAUGUAAAAAUGGCAGAGAUGGCAUCUAGGAAGCUAGUAGAGAUGGGCUUUAUUAGCUGUGGUGAUUUUGUUCUGUUGUCGAACGUGUAUGCUGCUCGUCGGAGAUGGGAUGACGUUGGGCGAGUUAGGGAUGCCAUGAGAAGAAGGGAUGUGAAGAAGACGCCUGGAUUUAGUUACAUAGAAGUGAAAGGUAAUAUGCACAAAUUUCUUUAUGGCGACCGAAGCCAUUCGAGUUGUCGUGAAAUUUAUGCAAAGCUUGAUGAGAUCAUGUUUAGGAUCAAAGCCAUUGGAUAUACAGCUGAAACUGGUAAUGUAUUGCAUGAUAUUGAGGAGGAGGACAAGGAGAACGUGCUGUGUUAUCAUAGUGAGAAGCUUGCUGUAGCCUUUGGAUUAUCUUGUACUGAAGAAGGGACCCCAAUCCAAGUGAUUAAGAAUUUAAGGAUUUGUGGGGAUUGUCAUGUUGUGAUUAAGCUAAUAUCAAAGAGUUAUAAUCGAGAAAUUUUCGUAAGGGACCGAACUCGAUUUCACCGGUUUAAAGAUGGUUUGUGUUCUUGCAAAGAUUAUUGGUGAUACUUAUUGGCGCAAAGGUUCUAAAAUAGAGACGUUUUCUUGGAAAAUGUCCUGUAUCUCGCCCAUCAUGAGUUGGCUUAUAAUAAGCGUCGGGAAUGAGUUCAAUUCGAGGUGAACGCCUACUUAGGAUUUAAUGUCCUAUGAGGAUCAAACCGUUGUUCUGUGAAAUUAGUUGAGGUACAUGACUUUGAACGGAUAUGAUGUUCAAAAAGAAAAUAAUGCCCAUAUGGCAAGUGUAGGAAUUAUUUAGAUCUUUCAUUGAUUCAAGGUCUAAGAGGCAUGGGGCGUCGAGACCGAGGAAGAAGGCAGCUGUGGAUAAUGGAACAUAGGAGUCGAUACCGAGGAAGAAGGCAGCUGUGAAUAAUGGAACAUAGGAGUUGAGACCGAGGAAGAAGGCAUCUGUGAAUAACGCAACAUAGGAGUUGAGACCGGCAGCUGUGAAU